AGAACAUUAUGAUAAAAACAAUUUAAAAGACAAUAACAAUGUGUGUGAUUUGAGAGCACAAAUAAACCAAAACAAAAUUCGCACACAAUGGAUCCUGUAGUAUUCUUUAUAGUGCUGACGACGCUAUACGGUGUCAUGUACUUCUUCGAUCGCUUUUUCAAGAGCUGCAUGCACUAUCCAUACGAUGCCUUUCUACGCAACACUGGACUGAGCGUUAACUUCAUGAGCCUGCAUUGGCAUUCAAGCGCAAGCACCUUCAACCGGAUGCUCAUACGCUGGGGCUCCACGUCGGGCAACAGUUUCACUCGCAACUUUCUAGUCAAGAGUUUUAAUAUGGGCGUUCUGCUGUCGUUUUUGCUGCUUCCAGUUGGCAUUAUACUGUUGAUCAUUACGAUUUUCAGUGGCAGUGGGACGGGAGCAGGAGCGGGAGCGGCAGCAUCCACAGCCGCUGCAACGCCUGUGGUGCAGUUGGAAAUACUGCUGCCGGGCGUUAAUCUCCCGCUGCAGGAGAUUGGCUAUUAUAUAGCCACAUUGGUGAUGUGCACACUGCUGCAUGAGCUGGGCCAUGCAUUGGCCGCAGUGCUGGAGGAUGUGCCGGUCACUGGCUUUGGUUUCAAGCUUUACUACUGCCUGCCCUUGGCUUACACGGAACUCUCACACGAUCAUUUGAAUGGGCUGCGCUGGUUUCGCAAGCUUCGCAUUCUCUGCGCCGGCAUCUGGAAUAAUUUUCUCUUUGCCGGCUUUUGUUAUCUUCUGAUUUCAACGAUGAGCAUCACCAUGUCGCCGUUUUACAUUCUCAAUGAGCAUGUGAUUGUCACCGAGCUGUCGCUCAAGUCACCACUGCGUGGCGAUCGUGGCCUUCAGUUGGAUAACGUGGUGACCCAUCUAAACGACUGUCCAGUCAGGAACGAAGACAGCUGGUUGGCCUGCCUGCAGCAGGUGCAAAUGGUGCGUCAGGGAUAUUGCAUUAGCUCUGACUUUAUACGCUUGAAUGACGAGAGCAUCGACAUUUCGCAUCAUGGCGUCGAUGGGCGGCUGCAAUGCUGCGACGAUCGCAAUCCCAAUGUCAGUUGCUUUGAGUACGUUGAGGAUGUAACUGUGGACACACCGGCGGAGAUACCACAGCACGUUUGCCUCAACAUUCGUCGCACCCUUGAGGAUGCCAGUGGUUACUGCAAGACUGGCGUCUGCUUACAGGGCUACUGUUUGCGCCCCAUGCUGCACAAUACCACAAGUAUUUUGGUGUUCAAGCGACAGAACCUUCAGGGCCAGACACUGACGCCGGUCAUGUAUGUGGGCCAAGCACGAGAUGUACUGCGCUCGGUGCGCGUGUCGGGCUUUGUGCCACACUAUCCGCAUUUGAGUGCCGCUUGGCCAGACGCGUUGUCGCUGUUGCUGCGAUACAAUGUGGUGUUUAGCAUUGGCCUGGCCUUGGUGAAUGCCAUUCCCUGCUUUGGCUUCGAUGGCGCCCACAUCACCAGCACUGUGAUUCAUAGUUUUCUGGUGGGUCGCGUCGAGGAGCACGCCAAACGGGAUCUCAUUUCACUAAUUAUCACCAGCGUGGGCUCGCUGCUCUUUGGCCUGGCGCUGUUGAAGGUCGCUUGGCUUAGUCUGCUGAGGCCGCUGCUCUAAAAG